AUGAACAAGGCAACACUGUCUUGCAUCUUGCAGCUUCCAGAAAGCAGCGUGAGGUGGUGGAGUUGUUGCUCACUGGAGAUAGUGUGAUGGAAGUAAACUCCAAGAACUGCAGCGGUCUCACUCCCCUUGAUGUCUUGCUAAUGUUCCCAAGCGAAGCCGGUGACCGAGAAAUUGCAGACAUACUCCAACAGGCAGGUGCUUUGAGAGCUCAAGAUGUUGUCUCUGACUCUCCCUUGUCAAGCAAUUAUCAAGCUGUGGGAAAUAAUCCAAGAACAUCACAGCCCUCCUCCUCUUUGCAUGUAAACAACUUGGUGGAGUACUUCAAAUUCAAGAGUGACAGUGAUUCGCCAAGCGAAGCUCGUAAUUCACUGUUGGUGAUAGCUGUACUAUUAGCGACGGCAACCUACCAUGCCGGGCUGAGCCCUCCAUGUGGUUUUUGGCAGGAAGAUGCACCACCCCAUCACAAAGCAGGGGAGUCCAUUUAUGGAACAAAAUAUAAGGUGAUAUUCGAGUUAUUCGUGCUCUUCAAUUCUACAGGGUUCUAUUUGUCACUAUACAUGAUCAAUAUCUUGACAAGCCGAUUCCCUCUGCAUUUGGAGUUGCAGAUCUCAAUGGUUGCAAUUGCCAUUACUUAUUUUAUUGCAAUGACUACUGUUGCACCUAAUGGUGACCUCAAAUUUAUAGUCACUGCUCUACUAACCUCAGUCUUACCUGCUGCUCAAAAUUCUAUAGUCAAGUGGGUGAAACUCCUAUAUAGACAAACAAGAACCAUAACAGAAAUGCCUUUUACCGUAUAA